AUAGGACAAAUUAUACUGAUGUGGUAGAAAUGUUUUGAUUCUGUACAUCUGAUCCGAGUCUCUCCUAAGUGCCACUUUUCAUGAAGGGGUGGAGUUCAGGCUGCCUGUAAAUCAAGUUGACAAGGCUAUGUAUGAUAGAAACUCAAGUAAGAAGGCAGCUUAGAGUUGCUUAAAAGGAUAUGGUGACAAGAGCAAAGCAAUAUGAGGAGCUCAGAUCUACUUAUCCAGAGGUUGCAGGAAGGUGAAAGUGGCUGCUUAAGAGAGCAACAUCUGACUUUAGAAGAGAUCUCUAGAAACAACAGCAUGCACGGUAGAAUUAAAGUGAAGUCAACAGAAGAACAGAAGGAGCAGAAAGCAAAAGAACGUGCCAAAAAAUUGCAGUUUUACCAGGCGACAACAGCUGCUAUAUCAGAAAAGAGGAAAGACCAUCAGUUUGAUCAAGAAGUUCUUGAACUGACAGGUCAGAUAUUGUCUGUAAAUCCUGACUAUGCUACGUAUUGGAACCUGCGCAGGCAAAUAUUCCUACAUUUCGAACAUGAAAAGGAGCCAGAGGAGGUGAAGUCCAUACAUCAGAAGGAACUUUUUUUCCUUGAAACCUGCUUGCGAGUGAAUCCCAAGUCCUAUGGCACGUGGCAUCACCGUUGCUGGGUGAUGGAUCAUAUGCAGGAACCAGACUGGAAGCGGGAACUGGAACUUUGCAACAAGUUUCUUGAAUAUGACGAGAGAAAUUUUCAUUGUUGGGACUAUCGUCGUUUUGUGGUGCAGCGCUCCGCAGUACCUGUAGAAGAGGAGCUAGCCUACACUAGUCGACUUAUCAGCACUAACUUCUCCAAUUAUUCCUCUUGGCAUUAUCGCAGCACUUUGUUACCAAUUGUCCACCCAGACCAUAAGCGUCAAGGCAGGAUCUCAGAGAAAAUCCUUCUUAAAGAGUAUGAACUUGUACAGAAUGCAUUCUUCACAGAUCCUAAUGACCAGAGUGCUUGGUUCUACUAUCGCUGGCUGCUUGGAAGAGCUGACUCGCUUCUGAAGAUCAACUGUUUGUAUGUAAACCGUGAUCAACGACGGAUCCUUGUAUGCUUUUCUCGUCCUGUCAAUGUGCUAUCUAAAUCAUCAAAACUCAUUCUGUUUGUGGACCAAAAGCUUAUUCUGCCAGAGUGGAGGCCUGUAGCUGGACAGAAAACAUACAGCUGUGUUUGGCUAUGUGACCUGCCAGAGUGCACGCUGGACAACGGUUCUCUACAUCAGGAUAUAAAGGUUGUCUGGGAUGGAGAUGAUGACCUGCAGAAAGAAUGCACCAUAUAUAAAGGUAAGAGAGAGAGUUGGUGUAGAGACUCUGCUACUGCCGAAGAGCUUUUCAGGUGUCAGAUGUCUGUGGAGAAGUCAACACAGUUGCAGUCUGAACUGGAGUCAUGUAAACAGCUACAGGAACUAGAGCCAGACAACAAAUGGUGUUUGCUGACUGUUAUCUUAUUGAUGCGAGCUUUGGACCCUUUGGGUUAUGAGAAUGAAACUCUUCAGUACUUCAAGGCAUUAAAGGUUGCUGAUGCAAUGCGAACUCGGUAUUAUAAUGAUCUUUGCAGCAAGUUUGUAAUUGAGAACUGCAUUUUGAAAAUGGAGUAUGCGGAAGUGAGGGUGAUUGACAUGUCUCAUAAGAAUUUGACAAGAUUGUGUUAUCCGGAACAAAUGGUUUUGGUUACGCAUAUGAACGUCUCAGGCAAUCAACUCACUUGCUUACCUCCAUCUUUCUUGACAAUGCAGUGUUUAGAGGUGUUGAAUGCAGAUGACAACUCAAUCGAAAAUAUAUCGGGUCUGUCAAACUUGCCUCAACUGGAGGAGGUCACCUUAAGAAAUAAUUGUAUCCAGACGCCAGCUGACCUCCAGCCUCUAGCAAGUUGUCUGAAGUUGUCAUUUCUGGACUUGAAAGGAAACCCAGUGUGUAAUCUGCCUAACAUCCAUUCAGAACUCACUCUGCUAUUGCCUCAGGUUAAGGAGAUCAUUCUGCAAUGAUUUAAGCUCUGUGCAAACAUAUGGCUGUGGGGCUGCAGAGGAGGGGAAAGCAUUUAAAAGGGUAAAGGAAAAUGUUCAUGUUGGGAGGUGGGUGCUUUAUUGUCAUGGCUGUAUUAGUGUGAUGCUCCUCCUGUAUACAUGCCUGUGUGAAGCAUAUGCUACCAAGAUUGUUAGGUGCUGGAAACUGUGUUGUUGUUGGGUCACGUUUUGUCAUCUGACAUCCCAUUGAAGAUGACCUCUCCUUGUGGAAUAGGAGUUUGAAAUGUACACUAAAAGUUUCUUUUCAUUUUAAUGAGUGACAGCUUUUCAUGUGAGAAGAGAGGAGUUUGGGCUGCAGACUAAAAAUGGUCUUCAUUACCCUGAAUGCCAGUAGCAUCAGCAUUACCCAGCCUCUGCUAAGUGCAGGUUUCAUAACUUGCAAGUACGUGUAAUGUUAUAUGUUGGAACAUUACUUGUGGCAAUACUGGGCUUGAUGAAAACCUUCAAAUUGGCAGCAAAAAUGAGCAGUUAUCAGCUAUUACACUUUGCCAAAUAUCAAACCAUGGAGCUGAAUACAGGAUACCCUCAAGCAGUGCAGGCACUCUUUCCACUUGAAAAGUGGAGCAGUUUUAUAGGAUAAUGUUACAAAACAUUUCACUUGUAAUUUUUCUACACAUUUGUCUUUCACUGUGUGUCCUGUCUUCCCCCAUUACAGUUGGUCCUGUCUUCCUUUCCUACAGCUUUGUUCUUUGAGGUCCAGUCUUUUCAACUGUAAUGUCUGGGCCCCAUGUAGAAAAGCUUUCUACUUCAACAGAUAUUGCCAAGGGCACAAAAAGGCGUGAUUAUAUCAUUGGGGGUCCAGCCAUCCAUCCAUCUGUUCAUGCUUUUACAGUCGCAUCUUGAGUCCUGCAUGGUCCCUUUCAGCAUUGCUGACAUCUGAAAGUGUACUAGGCAAGUAGGGGCUGAUAUUUAUUGGCAGGCCUUUCUUCCAUUUCAUACGCACAGUAACAGUUUAGACUUGUCAAUCCCCCUGUUGUAUGUCUUUAGGAGGAAACUGGGAUACACAGAAGACCCACACAGACUCCGCACAAGACACCCGAGCUGACAAUCAAACUUGAGAGCCUUUUACUGUAAGGUAACAGACACUGUGUGCCAUUGAUGUGUAGGAGUACAUGGCUUUACUGGAUGGUUUCUUGACACCUGGUCCUCUUUAUGUGUAUUCUGAAUUGUUGCAGGGCAUAAAUUAUUACCCUACUCAAAUGUGCACUAUACUUAUAAAUGAUUAAUGUGUAAGAGCUGAAAGCAAUUGAUAGACUGCAUUUAAUGAAAUAUACUCCAGUACUUUGUUAUUGUUCAUAUGUACUGCACAUUUAAAACAAAUGUACUUUACUGUUGUAUUUUAAUGUGUUAUACAACUGUAAUCCUACACUUUGCUGUACUGUAAUCUUGUAUGUGGUCAUAUUACACAACUGUGCCCAGUUUGUGGCUGAAAAGGGUCUCCAGACCAGCCUGCCAACCUGGUUAACAAAUACAUAAAUAAAUAAAUUAAAUAAAAAUGGUUUGUCUGACAUAAUGGACCUUA